AGAACGGUGUCAAGGAGGUGGUCUGAAGGAGAUGAGGAGUCUUUUAGCUGGCCUUUAGGGACCAGAGAUGAUCCAGGAACCACCUGCCAUGAGCUCAAACUCAUACAUCCACAUCUGAAUGAUAGCUACUUCUACAUGGACCCCAACCAAGGCUGUCCCUGUGAUGCUGUGAGGGUUUUCUGUAACUUCACGGCAGGAGGAACGACCUGCAUAGACCCUCGACAAACACGGAUUAAAAUAAGGAGGGAACCAGAUGUGAAGAAAUCAGAGUUCUGGUUUACUGAGCAGAAUGGUGGAAACAAGUUUGAGUACGCCGGUGUGGAUGUUGUCCAGCUGAGGUUUCUGCGGUUACACAGCCGCACAUCUUUCCAACACAUCAGUCUCAGCUGUGCAGCAAACCAGUCCAGAGCCGCUGCAGCCGAGUCAUUCAGUGAGAUCAUCCGUCUGAUGGGAGACUCUGGCAAAGAAAUCGAUUCACACCUCAUCACAGAGUCCAGAAAAGGCUGCGAGGUGGAUGUGGUUGUGAGGGUUCGGGGAAGCACUGAGCUGCAUCGGGGUGACAUGGAGUUCCUUCCAGUCAGAGAUCUGGGCGUAGAGACGAGCAGCGUUUCCCACCUCGCCUCUGAGGUCGCUGUGGUUUUAGGACCCCUCUGCUUCUUAUGACGACAGAGUUGGUGUGUUUGCUGGUCUGUAAAUAUCUCUGUCAUGUGUUGUGGAAAGCAGAUAUUUAUACUGUCUUUUGCUGUUGUUUUUUUAAGCGUAUUAUUUUGUUAGAGUAAGCUUACUCUCUGUUGUUCUGUAUUUUGUUGUGUAUUUAUUGAACUGGGAAACUGUUCACAUGAAUGACAUUUUUGUAAACUGCGAUGCUUGUUUAGCACAAAAUCUUCAA